AUGGAGAUAGGAAUGAAUCCCAUUAAAACAUCACAUAUUGUUCCACCACCACCAUCUUUAUCCAUGUCUAUCAUCCUUGUAAUAACGUUCUUAUGUUGUCCCACCUCCGUUGUUUCCCGUGCAACGGGUAUUUUCAACCCCACGGACAACAUCCUCAUCGACUGUGGUGCCAACGAUGCUCCGAAGCUCCCCGAUGGAAGGAUAUUCAAGACCGAUAAAGACGCGUCUGAGUUACUCAACUCUAAGGAUGCCGUUCAAGUGUCUGCCUCCAAUGUCGAUCUCCCUUCGCCUUUGUUUUUAACGGCAAAAGUGUUCCACGAAGAAGCCACCUACACUUUCGAGCUGAAACGACCCGGUUUCCAUUGGCUCCGACUCUAUUUCUAUUCUAUAAAAGAUGGCAAAUAUGAUCUUCAGCAGUCCACGUUCUCGGUGUCGGCGAAUCACUAUGCUAUCCUUCAUAACUUCAAGAUUAGCAAUGCUAGUAUACCUGUUCUCAAGGAGUAUCUUCUUAACUUGAAUGACCCUAGAUUUGUUCUCAAGUUUUCUCCCAUGACGAAUUCGUUUGCUUUUGUGAACGGCUUCGAGAUCGUCUCGGUGCCGGAUAGUUUGAUCGCGGACGAGGGGACUUCGCUUUUCCCGGUUAACGCCUUCCAAGGGUUGUCCAAGCAUGGUUACCAAGUUGUUUAUAGGUUGAACAUGGGGGGACCUUUGAUUACCCCACAAAAUGACACCCUAGGAAGGACUUGGAUACCUGAUACUGAUUAUCUUAAGGAUAAAGCCGUAGCUGCAAAAGCCUCUACUUCAACAAGUGCAAUCAAAUACCCCGAGACGCUAACCCCAUGGAUUGCACCGGCAACGGUUUAUUCAUCCCUCAUUGAGAUGGCGGUCGCCGAGGCGAGCACAAUAAAGUCAAACUUCAACGUGACAUGGGAGAUGGAAGUCGAUAAAGCGUUUGAUUAUUUGCUCAGGUUGCAUUUCUGUGACAUUGUUAGCAAGGCACUCAAUAACCUGUAUUUCAAUGUGUAUAUCAAUGGUAAAAUGGCUAUCUCCGGGUUGGACUUGUCGAGCAUAACCGGUGGGCUGGAUGUUCCGUACUACAAAGAUAUAGUAGUGAAUGCUUCGACGUUCACCGACAGACUAACUGUUCAGAUCGGUCCACUGAACCAGGAUACCGGAACCGUUAAUGCGAUCCUUAAUGGAUUGGAGGUGAUGAAAAUGAGCAACUCGGCCAAUAGUUUGGAUGGGGAAUUCGGUGUCGAUGGAACCUCAAGCUCGAGCCACAAGGGUACAGUGGCCGUCGUCGGUUUCGCCAUGAUGUUUGGUGCCUUUGUGGGUCUUGGUGCAAUGGUUAUUAGAUGGAAGAGGCGACCCCAAGAUUGGCAAAAGAGGAAUAGUUUUUCUUCAUGGCUACUCCCACUCCAUGCUGGAGACAGUAGCUUCUUGAGCAAGUCAGCUGCUUCCCAAAAGAGCAACUUCAACUCAUCGACACUAGGCCUAGGCCGUUACUUCUCUUUUGCAGAGUUGCAAGAAGCGACCAAAAACUUCGACUCGAGUGCAAUAAUCGGCGUCGGUGGGUUCGGAAACGUGUAUUUAGGUACGAUCGACGAUGGAACCCAAGUUGCUGUCAAGAGAGGGAACCCCCAGUCCGAGCAAGGUAUCACGGAGUUUCAGACAGAAAUCCAGAUGUUGUCAAAGCUAAGGCAUAGACACUUGGUGUCACUGAUCGGUUAUUGCGACGAGAAUAAUGAAAUGAUCUUGGUUUACGAGUACAUGUCCCAUGGACCUUUCAGGGAUCACUUGUACGGGAAAGAUUUGCCGUCUUUAUCGUGGAAGCAAAGACUCGAGAUCUGCAUCGGAGCAGCUCGCGGACUUCACUACCUUCAUACCGGUACCGCACAAGGCAUCAUUCACCGCGACGUUAAGACCACCAAUAUAUUGCUCGACGAUGCCUUUGUUGCCAAGGUUGCAGAUUUCGGGCUGUCAAAAGACACACCAAUGGGGCAAACUCAUGUUAGCACCGCAGUGAAAGGCAGCUUUGGGUACUUAGACCCAGAGUAUUUCAGGAGACAACAAUUAACUGAAAAAUCCGAUGUUUAUUCGUUCGGCGUAGUCCUACUCGAAACCUUGUGCGCAAGGCCAGCCAUUAACCCACAGUUACCUAGAGAGCAAGUUAACUUAGCCGAGUGGGCAAUGCAAUGGAAGCGGAAGGGCUUGCUUGAAAAAAUCAUUGAUCCUCAUCUUGUUGGUGCCAUCAAUCCCGAAUCGAUGAACAAAUUCGCCGAGGCCGCCGAUAAAUGCUUGGCCGAAUAUGGUGUCGAUAGGCCUUCAAUGGGGGAUGUUUUAUGGAACUUGGAACAUGCUUUGCAGUUGCAACAAUCAUCCUCGGAGGGAAAAUCAGAGGAGGAAAACAAACAAUCAAACACCGCCGACACCGAUGCUGACACCACCAUGCCGACUCCAGCGGUCACUCCACCAUCCGAAACCAACUCUCCAGCUCCUCAACCGGAAACCAAUCCAUCAACUGGAGAUAGUGACAACACUGAAUACUCAGGGUCAAUGUUAGCGCAGUUUCAAUCGCUGGAUGGUCGAUAAAACACUGCUGCUCGAUAAUUAGGAUCAUAAAUUCUUGCAUUUCAGGAAGGAAAGCAUUUCGUUUUUCUCAUAAAAAAUAUAUAA